AGUGGCACGUUGCUAUUAGAUGUUGCAACACCGAAAAUGCUCUAAUACGGAAUUAUUUUCAUCUUCUCUAUUCAGACUGAUAUUUCUUUAGUGGAAUCGUGUCUGCGAACUUACAUGUGAGACUUCAACGUUUUAAAUUUUUUUUUUUUCCUUUUUAGUUAAUUGUGUAUUAUUUUUUUUUGUGUAAUUUCGUUGGGCAAUUGUUAGUGCGCAUUUUUUACAAGACGAAGUUCUACGAGGUCUUUGAAGUAAAGAAGUUUUCAUCGCAAAAUGACGGCAGAAAGUAUAUUGUUGUUGAAACUGGAGGCGAUGGCGAGAGAAAUUUUAUAACGGAGGGGUUGAGAACAGCCCUCGCCCGACUGCGACAGAGAUCAACACCCACAGAAAGCCAAACAUCCCCUUUGCACCAACACCAAGAAAACCAUCAGUACUGUCAUCAGUCACGUUACGACAGCGGUCCUUUGUCAUCAUCAGCACCAUCGAAUAGUUACUGCCCUCCUGCACCCUCCAGUCCUCAUCCUAGGAUGACCGUAAAUUCGCAGUCGGGCCCCCCAAAGUCCCCCCGACCUCCCGACGACCUUAUCACCACUGCCACCUCCGCGUUGAGACGAUUUCAUUUUAAAACAGGAAGAAACGCCACAAAAAAUUCUAAACAGAGUCAAUCUGUACCAAAAGUGAUAGUAAUGGGCAGUAGUACUGCUUCAGAAACAACAAUUAACACCAGUACAGACAGUUCGAAUACGAUAGUUACCACGGUAACUGCAACCGAUGGAACAGACGACAGUUUAGAUUAUCCAGAACCGAUGGAUUUUUUCUCUUCCGAUAGCAUACUGGAUAAUUCUAAAACUUCGAUUCUUCAGCCUUGUCCUUUAUCUCCAAAAACUCCUGCUACUGCUAAACAACAAACUCCUCCGACAGCUAAGAAUCAAACUAUGUUCACUUUCGAGAUAAGCGAGCCUAAAAAGGGAGCCUCGAUGGAAGAUAGUACGUCAAAAAUGACAGAAACUGAUCGUAUUAAAGAGACAAAAACUGUGGAUUCUUUAAUGCGCGAACAAAUCGAAGCUUUAAGGAUAGACGCUCGAAGAAGAAACAGUUACAAACAAGCAGCGCAAAAUUUAGACGAAAUUGAAGUUAUGAGUGAUACUUGCUUCAACAGCAGUAGUCCCAAAGAACACAGGAGGAAUGUUAAGAAGAAUCUCGACGUUGAAAAACAGAGAACGGGGAAAAAUUCACCGAAACGAAGAGCCGAAAGAACUACUAGUUCUUCUCCCGAAGAAACCGAUUCACCAAGACCAAAACACAGACACAAAAAAACUAGCCGGCGUACUCGCUCCCCUAACAAAUACCACCACCAAACGUCAGAAAAUUUCGGUAGCGAUGAUCGUCAAAUACAAAAAUACCGAACAAGAUCAAGCUUAUCAUCGACGUCUUCCCGUAUAACGCCUCCUCCACCUGAUCUACGCGUGGAUUUCUUUAACGAAACGUCAGAUAGUAGCGGCUUUCAGAGGCCUUCGACGUCGUGUCAAAUGAACGGCGCCGCGACGCCAACGUUUCACACGCUAGCCGUCUACGGAUCGAGCGGCGGUGGGUCUAUGGAAAAGCGAGGAAGCGUGUGUUUGAAUAAAUGUCUACGAGAAGUGGGAGCACAUUUAGAACAAACCUGCACGUCCCCUAUUAACGUGACUACUAAUCCUCUAGACCCAGUGCAUUUCGGUAGCGGUAGCACCAGGAAAACGCCCCAGGCGACGAUAGUAGUACAGCAACCUUCAGUCAGUUUGGAUCAUACGAAUGUAUCUACGAUAUUACUGAAGAACGGAAGUGAAUUUGUGUCUAACGUGCAGGAUAGUGUUAAGGGAAAAUUGAAAAGAGAAGAAAACAUGAAACAGCUAUUGGAUGUCGCUCAUAACCUCACAUUAGAGGAGAUGCAUAAUUUCGAAAUGAAAUACGGCAGUCCGCAUCACAACAGAUCCCAAUCUGUGAAAACUCCUGGUCGAUCUUCCGGAAGACCGAAUUAUUUGUGCCUUCCGCAACAAAGAUCGAGAGUGGCUUCCAUGCCGAACACAGGUGUCGAAGAAGAGUAUUAUAGACUUAGACAUUUCUCCAUAACUGGUAAGGGAGUUGUCAACAGGGGGGACAGUCUAAAAAGUCGAAGAUCCAGAUCAAAUAAUUCUGUAGCUUCCAGUAAUUCAAGUACGGAACAACUUCCUACUGCAGUAUCAGCAACAGGUUCAGCUAGGACCUCAGCUUCUUGUAGCUUAGCUUCUUCAAGGGAAUCGAGUACGAGUGCUCCAGGACCAGUACCAUUCAAAGUUCUUAUGCUUGGUGGACCUGCCGUUGGAAAAUCUUCUUUAGUAUUACAAUUUAUGACCUCGGAAUAUCUACAUGCUUACGAUACAAGCAUCGACGACGAAAGUGGUGAGAAAUCUGUAUCGGUUCUAUUGGCUGGCGAGGAAUCUGAACUUUGUUUCAUAGAUUUCGCCACAGCAGAUCUGUCGCCUGAAGGAUGCAUCAAAAAAUAUACGGAUACACACGCAUAUUGUGUUGUAUACAACAGUGCCGACAGAUCCAGUAUGGAAAUAGCAGAAAAAAUCCUGCAAAACUUGUGGACGUUGGACACCAUUAGCACAAAAGCUGUAAUUUUAGUAGCUAAUAAAGCGGAUUUAGUUAGAUCGAGAGUAGUAUCGACAGAAGAAGGUAAAUCAAUGGCGACGUCAUACGACUGCAAAUAUAUAGAGACAUCUGUGGGCAUCAACCACAACGUCGACGAACUACUAGUAGGAAUCCUCUCGCAGAUCCGUCUGAAGCUAGAGAAUCCCGAAAGGAGUCGCGAUAUAUUCAGGAAACGUAGUUCGUCGAAAAAAAAUCUAAACAGAAACAAAAGUCCAGCUUCAGGAGCGGCGACACCUACCGGUAGCUGCCAAAAUUCGCCGAAGAAAUAUAGAGGCUCCAGAACUUCGGCCAGUUUGAAAGUUAGGAACCUUUUGGGAAAAGUUUGGGCUAGAGACAGCAAGUCAAAGUCCUGUGAAAAUUUACAUGUGUUGUAAACAAUUGUGAUAAGUAUAUAUCUUUUGUUUGAGGUAGGUAAUGAUGAUAUUUUGAAUGAGCUAAGUUAGGUUAGGUUAGGAUUUAUUUUGAAUGAAAUGAUUGGUUUCUAAAAGACGGUUCAGAUUUGAUCGAGACAAACGCUUCGACACAUUUAUUUAUUAUUGUGAACUGAAUACUUUUACUCAACUCAACCGGUGUCGAAAAACUUCUCAGCCUCUUAGUCUUGAAUUUUUGACCUCCAAAUGCUUCUUUCAGUAGUCAAAACAUGUGGUAAUUCUCGAUAAAUUAGCGACUAUAUUUGAAAGCGUUAGUUUCUUUAUAUACAACAGAUCAACUCGGGCAUCCACUACAGAAUUGAUUACGUACUUUAAUGCCUUUCCACACUCUUAGAUUGCGACCUAGUUAACUUAUAAUCAAACCACAUCUUGAAAAGUAUAUAGCAGCGCCAUCUACAGCGCUUGUCUCGAUCAAAUUUGAACCGGUUUCGUAUUAAUUGUCUUUUAUUGAUUAAUUGGAUCAAAUAGGUUGUCUCCUAUGGAAAAAAAGCCUGAGCGAAUAGGAAUAAGUGAUUUAUAACUUGGUAUUAGAGAUUUGUUUGUUUCUUUGACAUUUUUUCGAAAAUGGAACCACUAUCAUUAUAUUUGUCUUUUGCAUAUUUAUAUUCAUGUUCGUCAUUUUCAGUGAGCAGAUACUCGAUCUAAAUCUUUAACUUCGGAUUGUUUAUUUUCGUUUUCCCACAUCUUGUUCUUCAUUUUUUCAUUUAUACUUCUGAUAUUGCUUCUAAAUUUGUAUCCAACUCCUCUUGUAAUAUAUUUGGUUUCUUUUAAUGCAUCUAACAAAUCUUCUACAAUAACUUAUGGUGUUUUUCGUGUCUAUCUUCGAUAUAAAUCCAAAAAUCGUAAAAAACGGGAAGUUUUUUAAGUAUAUCUUCAAUAUAAACCCAAAAUUCCUAAGAAACAUGAUACAUUUCAUCAAAAAAACCCAAAAAUAGUGAAAAAAUGAUAGUUUUCGAGCCUAUCUCCAAUAUAAACCCAAAAAUCGUGAAAAACAUUUACAUUUUGCAUUUUUAUAAUUCGAGUAGCUUAUUCAAAGUAAAUUUGAAAAUUCCUUGCAUCAGAUUCAAAGUUUCCAUUUAAAAUUUUGUAAAUUUUCUCGAUGGGCUUCGAAACGUCUUUUCCUUUAUCCUAUGGCUUCGAUAAUGAAAUUAUAGACCAGGAACCAGCGGUAAAAAACGUUAAUCAUAGAAUUUUCUUAAUCAACGUCAAUUUUUAUAAAAAUUUGGAUGUAAGCUUUAAUUAGCCCCUAAUUCAAAUUCUAUUCUGUACCGAAAGGUGUUUUUCAUUGUUUAGGAGUGAAAACUACCCUUUAUCGUAAAAAACUUCGAUUUUAGUAUGUAUUGGAGUGAAAUGAAAUUUAAAUGUUUUAGAAAAUUAAUCACGUUUGAUCAGUGAUCAGUGAUAAUAAGUUUAGCUGAUAGAUCUAUCCAACAAUUAGAUCCUGAAUUUAGAAUCCUUGUAUUAUCCAAAUAUUUCACUGAAUUAAAAUCUAAGACACGAAAAAACAAAAGAUAUUAUAUAUGAAGUGCCUUGUACUAAUUUUGACACUGUUCACAUAGGACAGAUAUCUCAGUAUUUAUAAAAUAGACUAAAAGGUCAAAAAUACGAUAAAAAAGGCUUUGAGGAAACAUGAAAUAGUAAAAAAACAUGAUGUAGGUAAUUUGUUUGUUUUUCAAAAGUUAUUUUAAAAAAACCUAAUUAUAAAUUUUGAAAAAAAACAGCUUAAUUUUGAAGUUAGAAACUUUUUAAAAAAGCGUUUUGUAGAGGAUUUCACGUCAUUUUAAUUAAAACUUUUUCCAUCUUCCCGUUUCGAAAAUGGUGCAGCUCAAAGGGGUUGCAGAUGAAAACUUUGAACUAAUGUAUCUCGUUCAAUUUUGGUGAUACGUAAGUUUGAAAAAACAAAUAUUUGCAAGAAAAACGAAUAGUUUUUGGUUUGCUUACAAAAUUUUCAUUACGGAAAUGUAUAGUUCAAUUUAAUCGAUCAUUUUUUCCAAAAUAAACAUUCAAAACCGGUCAAAUCACAUAGAUAACAUUAAUAAUACAUAAAGUUAAUUACAAGUGAAAUACGAUUAAUUUCAAUUAGGGUGGUAAUGGCGAGUGUAUAAUUAUGAAAUUUUUUCAAAAAAGAAAAACGAAGAAACCUUAUUUUUGUUAUAAAUGAGUCUCUUAUGCAAAAGACUUUUGAAAGGGCUCAUUUUAAAGGUUUUUCUAUGUGUUUUGGAAAUAUUUCGUGAGUAUUUUCCAAAAAUGUCAUCAAUUUCGAGUUAUUUGAGGUUAAUGGUUUUCAAUUUCGGGAUUAUACCCUAAAAAUAGCCAAUGAGCAAUAAUUCAGUUAUUAUUUAAUUCACAUAGGUCCUUAAAAACGAUUUUCAUUGUUAUUCUAUCAACUACACUAAGUUAUUAAUAAAAAACUGAAAAAAUAUGCAUUUUUUCAAUGAAAAAUAAGCAAUUCCAAUCGUUAAUUACUCUAAAAGUACCAACUUUAGUUAAAAACUUUCGUAGAAUUAGUUAAUGAUAAAAUAUGAUUUAAAUGAAAUAAAUUUUCAUCUCCUCCAAGGUAAAAGCAUCCUUCGGUACAGGGUAGAUUAUGAAGAAGGUUAUAAAUACUACCUCCAUAGCAAUUUUCAAGAAAAUCGAUUAUGAAAAUUCCACGCGAAAUCGGCUUGUACCUGGCCUAUUAAAUUAUUUGGUUUUAGUGAGAAUCUUUUAUUAUAAACAAUUAUACAUUGAGACAUAUCGAAAAAAAAAAACAAUUUACUCUCGACUAAAAACCAAAAUUUAAUCCAGUAUACUGUAAUUAUAAGUAGAUUUUUCAAAUUAGUUUUAAGAUAAUUCAAAAAAUUAUAUUUGUAUGUGAUUUUAAGAAAUAUUUGUUAUUGUUUUUUAUACUUUCCACUAGUUAAUUAUAUUAAAAUUGUUUUUACUUUCUAUAAUUAAAAUUUUUUGUACGUUGAAUCGUAUAUUUCUCUUUAACAUGUUCUUAAUCACUAAUCAAACAUUCAUGUACAUUAUUGCAUCUCGACGAAAGGCAAAUGCCGCAAAAAAAUAUUUUACUCAAAUAAAGGGACAGUAACAGAGCGAAAAUUCAUUGAAAUAAUACCAAAUCACGUGAUUAACAAUUAAAUUAAAAAUAAGUCCAAUAAUAACUCAUGAGGGUCAACAAAGUCAAGCAAACUUCCUCGCCAGAUUUGUACCAGCAAAUCCACCAGAACUCAUUCUUGGAAUUCUUGGUUUAUACAAAAGUGUCACUAUUGCAUUUUUCAUUAAUUUGGUCGCGAAAGAAACUUUAGAGAUGAAUGGAGACACCUGGAAUAAGACAAACUAAAGCACAUAUAGAUUUACCUUCUAAAUAUUUUACCAAUCAAUAGUUUCACUUGAACAAGUGCGAAAUUAGACUAAUGAUUGACUUAUUAACUAGAUACGCUCAUGUAGGACACCAUCUUCAUCUAUAGGCCGAUUCGGAAUGGUUAGGAUUACCUAGCUAUUAACGUGGACAAGCCUUAAGGUUGAAACCCAUUAGCAACACGCCACGCCACACCAUACAACGUCGAUUCACGUUGUACAUUGUUGUGUAUAGAUUUGUAUCAGGCCCAGGUUUAAUUUAAAUUAAAUUUGAAUAUUAAAUAGCUUGGAUGCAUUUCGAGUCCAUCUUCAAUAUAAACCCAAAAAUCGCAAAAAAAGGAUGUUUUUGAGUCUAUCUUCAAUAUAAACCCAGAAAUCGUGAAAAACAUGAUGCAUUUCGAUUCUAUCUUCAAUAUAAACCCAAAAAUCAUAAAAAACUUUCCCAUAUACUGGCAUACAAAAGCAAAAGGGAGGCAUUGACACGUCUUAGCACGCGUUGCAUCUGAGAAUUUUGAAUCGUAGGAUGAUGUGGCGUGGCGUGGUGGGGCGUGGUCUGAUUAUGUACGAAAACAAUUGCAUUAAAUGGAAAAACAUAUGCACACAUAUUCAACAAGUGGCGUGGUGUGGCGUGGCGUGAGUUUGGGCCCUUAUAGUGUUGUAAUAGUGCUUGAUUAGCUUUUGAAACGAUAUGAGCUUUUGAAAUUUUCUAGUGAGGUGUACAAAAGGUCUAUCAAAAGGCUUUUGUGCUCAAUGAUCACUCACCUUCCACGUCUGAAAAUCUGGGCAGAAGAAAUGGCGAUAAUAUUAGACCGGAGGGGCCAGUAAAUAGUUAAAUGGUUUCCUUGGAAUAAAUUGAUUCUUCUCGGUUUUUCCGUCGUCGUUUUCCAUUAUUUUCAAAGACAUACCUGUGUGAUUUUGAAAAAUCCGUAUCCGUGAAAUGUGUCACUGCUUACCUCAAAUUAAAAGAGAUAAUUAUCACAUGGAGAUCAGCAAAAACGUCCAGUGGGGACAUUUUUGAGUCAACGUUUGUCCAAUGGUUUAGAAAUGGGUUAAAAAGUUAAAAUUUCAAAAAUAUCAAUGAUUACAUAAUUUUCACUUCAUAAAAUCAUAAAAAAAUGAAAAAAAUAGUGUUUCUAAAGCACGAUCGUCAAAUUCAAAGUAUGCGGCAGUGUGAUAAAUAUAUAAUUAUACAAUCAUUGAUACAAAAUAAAAAAAGGGACUUUAGGACAAAUUUGCAAAAAAAAGUUUUUGAGGGCAUUAAAAAGGCCUUCAAGGACCUCACUAAAAGCCCUGAAGUACAUAAAGAGAUGGUUUUAGCAUCCUAUAUAUUGGUUGGAGACAAAGUAAUUUCGAUUCUGAUCAAUGAGCUUUCAUAAGCUCAUAAAACUUCUUGUCCUUGUCAGCAAAAAACUGAAGCAGUUGCGAUUGAAUAUCAACGUCAUUUGUGAAAGUUUGAUCAUUCAAACUUCGAAAUAAAUGGUAAUCAGAUGGUGCCAGAUCUGGGCUGUAUGGGGGAUGCGGCAUCACUUCCCAGUCAAGCUCCAAUAGUUUCCCACGAGUUUCUUUCAGAUUUGACGAUUCUUGACGUUUUCCUUUGGUUGCUUCAUCCAGUUUCAUUAAUUAUUGACAGUAAACAUCAGAAUUAAUCGUUUGGUUCCUUGGAAACACCUCAAAAAACACAACAUCUUUCUAAUUUCAUCAAACUGACAGCACGAGCUUUUUUAUUGUUUUUCAGCUUUCUAUACGGUUUUGUGAUGGUUAAUCUUGUUUGCUUCAUGAUCGUUGUGUUGAAUGAAUUUCUUCCAAUUCGUGAGGUGCGAUCCUCUUCAAUUAUGACUUUGAUUUGGUCAUCAUCAACUUCAGUAGACCCAAAAAUAAAUAGCUUUGGUUUCAAUCUCAGGUUUUAGCUACAGCGCCUGGACUAUAUUAUGCUCCGGGCGUAGCUUUAAAACACAAUUCAACUUCUUGCGGUAUUUACUACCUAAAACCCUUCGGUGAUUGGACUAUGUGGGGUUGCAUCAAUGUUUUUUCAACCAUUCAUAACCAUUCGAUAAAUGUCUGUGAAUUAAAAAUAAAACAAAAAAAAAUAUUCAAUCAAUUUGGGUCCACCUUGUUGAUAAUAGUGUAUAGAAAUUAGAUAUUAACAUCAGUAUAAUGUAUUUAUGAAUUGAUUACACGUUUCGUAUUUACUUAAUACAAGUAUCAUUACUACAA